UUACAGGUUGCUUGGAUGCACUUCGAACAAUCCGCGAUAUUAACAGUUCAUAAUCACGUAAUAACGCGCAAUCCCAGAAUAAGUGUAUCCCACGACAAGCACAGGACCUGGUUUCUUCACAUAAGUAACGUCCAAGAGGAGGACAAAGGACGAUAUAUGUGUCAAAUUAACACUGUUACUGCUAAAACGCAAUUUGGAUACUUGCAUGUGGUCGUGCCACCGAAUAUAGACGAUUCUCUUAGCAGCAGUGACGUGAUCGUUCGAGAAGGUUCUAACGAAACACUCACAUGUAAAGCAACGGGAUUUCCGGAACCGAGCGUUAAAUGGAAAAGGGAUGAUAACUCCAAAAUAAGCUUGAAUAAAACAUUACAAGUUAAUGAUUGGGAAGGAGAGAAGCUGGAUCUAAUAAAAAUCUCACGACUCGAUAUGGGUGCUUACCUUUGCAUUGCUAGUAAUGGUGUUCCUCCUACAGUUAGCAAACGUAUCAAAGUGAGCGUUGAUUUCCCACCCAUGUUGUGGAUUCCUCAUCAGCUUGUUGGAGCACCUCUAGCUUACUCGGUUACUUUGGAAUGUUUCACCGAGGCUCAUCCUAGCUCACUCAAUUAUUGGACGAGAGAAGAUGGACAAAUGAUUCACGAAUCUAGAAAAUACCAUGCAGAAAAUUUAAUAGGUCAACCAGCAUACAAAACCCACAUGCGGCUUACCAUCAAUAAUAUCCAGCAAAGUGACUAUGGAACCUACAAAUGCGUCGCAAAAAAUCCCAGGGGCGAAACAGAUGGGACCAUCAGACUCUACAGUAAGUAUACACGGUGA